UUACGAAAUCAUCCGGCGACGUCACGUCAGCUUGCCACAGCUGGUGACGUCAAUAUAAGGUUCAUCAUGUUUCAUGGAAUACCUGCCUCUGGAGUUAUGGGAGGAGCACCUGCCAACAAGCCAGAACUGUAUGAGGAAGUAAAAUUGUACAAAAAUGCCAGAGAAAGAGAAAAGUAUGACAACAUGGCAGAGUUGUUUGCUGUGGUCAAAACGCUCCAGGCACUGGAAAAAGCCUACAUUAAAGACUGUGUGACUCCAAACGAAUACACAGGAGCUUGCUCAAGAUUGCUUGUCCAGUACAAGGCUGCUUUCAAACAAGUCCAGGGGUCAGAUGUGGGCUCCAUUGAUGACUUUUGUCGGAAAUACAGGCUGGACUGUCCACUAGCUAUGGAGAGGAUCAAAGAGGAUCGACCAAUCACCAUUAAGGAUGACAAGGGCAACCUGAAUCGCUGCAUUGCUGACAUAGUUUCUCUCUUUAUCACAGUGAUGGACAAGCUUCGACUUGAGAUUCGUGCCAUGGAUGAGAUCCAGCCUGACCUGAGAGAGCUCAUGGAGACCAUGAACAGAAUGAGCAACAUGCCUCCAGAUUCAGAGGCCAAAGACAAAGUCAGCCUCUGGUUAACCACACUAAGCAGCAUGUCUGCAUCUGAUGAGCUGGAUGACUCCCAGGUUCGCCAGAUGCUGUUUGACCUGGAGUCUGCCUACAACGCCUUUAAUCGUUUCUUACACUCUUCUUAAAUGUUCAUUCCCUCUCUGAGCUUUUUCAACUCCUUUCCACUAGCUUUUUAUCAAACCAUUUUCCCUAUUUUGUCCAUGUCUGUUGUAGGACUGUAGGAACCUCAUAUCCAACUAGAGUACUGUUUACUCAUGCUUAUGUUAUUCAGUAAUAAAAUCAGGAUUAUAUUCACAGAUUUAAAAAUUAAGAGUAGUAGAUUUUUUUUUUUUUUUUUUAAUGUAAAGAGAAUGUUCUAUCAUGUGGUAGUCUGAAAGUGUUCUCUAGACUGGCAAUAGCGAAUACAUAGCCAACUGAGAUGCAAGGAGGGCAUUAUAGGGAGGAGUUUAUUAUAGGCAAACGAUGCUUGCCUCUAUAAAUAUAUGUGUUAAAUGAAUAUAUGAAUGGAUAAUUUAUGGAUCUCAUAAUAUCUUAUAGAGCAAGAUUUGAUAAUGAAUGCUCAGUACUGUUUUUUAUUUUAGAAGGAUAAUGUUUCUCUAGCUUUUUCCAGUUUUUAAAUGAGGCAAUGUUAAAUAUGCUCAUUCAUUUACAGUACCCUAAAAUUUAUUGGUUGAUAAAACUGACUUUUAUAACAGCUUGAUUAAGAACUUGGUUUACUCCUUCCUUGGCAUGGUGUUGGUCUAGCUCGCUAUAUUAAGUAAUAAGUCAUAUUUAUUAAAUGACGGUUGUAAAUAAAAUAGUUUUGAAAUAAACAACAUAAUCAUUUGAAAAAUA